UACAAUAUAUUAGCCCGAAUUGAGCAUGUUAUUAAGAACAUGUUGCGGUUGCUGUAGCUUGAAGUACGGAUGCUUCUUGGUUGCCGUCUACACGGGCCUCACCUAUAGCCUGCAGCUGGUGACCCUGCUGAUGUAUGGACUAAUCGAAGAGUACGCCGAGAGUCAGAUCUUCUACUUGUUUAUGUCCGUGCCCUGCACCAUCGCGGUGGCCGUGUCCGUGGCCUUGUUCGUGGGCGCCCUGAAGAAAAGGGCGAGACUCUUGGUGCCCUGGCUGAUAACCUUUAGCGUGUUUACGAUUAUCUUCUUGCUGACCCUCAUCGGCAGCCUGAUCGCGGGCUCCACCCAGAGCAAUGUGGAGGACAAUCACGUCGGCUCCGGCUUCAUGCGACGACCCCUAGUACAGACCUUGAACCUGCUGAUGCAUCUGUACGUCCUGCUGGUCGUCUAUUCCCACUACUCCGAACUGCAGAAUGAGAAUCUGAUUUUCUGAUCAAGCAAUCGAUCAGUU